CUUUGGUUCACACCUCACAUUAUUUAUUAUACUAGAAAUAUAAGCCAUGAAUUCCUACACCUGCGCAGACCAUGGCGACUACUUCUGGAGUGCAGCCGAGAUACUCGAACACUUACGGGACCACCAUGCCAGCUUCAUCGGACAGCCGGGGCUUCCGGGUGUCAUGGACAGCCAUGGACACAUUUGGUAUUGCUUUGAGUGUGAAUCUCACUCCACCAAACAUCGAGGCUUUGAUUCGGACCAGGCCAUGCUGGAUCACCUAAAGCAGCGUCAUGGAAAUAUCAUGUCUUCUGUAUAUAUCAAUUAGCUUUUUACAGAUUAUCAGGAAUAUCCUAUAUUAUUAGUCAAUCAGCUAGCAGCUUAAAGACUUCCUACCUUGCAGA